AUGACCGUGCUCACCUCCCGAGGCGCCAGGGAGUCCUCGGAUCACCGGACAAGUGACCGGAACGCAAACAACAGUGCGGAACAACAAAUGCUACUCACCGGAGCUGUGGGAGCUAGGGAGGCCGCCGGCGAUCGGACGGCGGGCACUCCGGCCGGUGUGGAGCAGCAGGUCGGGAGGUCCGGGGGAAGGGCCGGCGGCGGGGGCAGCAGCCGGUGGCGCGCGGCGGCAGAUCGGGCCCACCCUACUCCCUCUCGGGUUUGGGGCUUGGCGGCGAGGCGGCGACCGGGGACGGUCGGGCGGCACUGUUCCGGGCCGGAGACCAAGGGGGAGGUGGUGCUCACCUCAGAGGACAACGGCAGCCCUCUGAAUGGCGCGGCUCCAAGUCGCCCGCACAGACCCGAGCCGGCGGAAGACCUUGGCGGCCGCGGCGGGGCGCGGGAGGCCGGGAACGCACGCGCCGGGUUGCUGGAGGCUCGCCGGAGGUCGACGAGGGAGGCUUGGCCGCAGGGGAGGUGCGGUCCCAAGGCCCGCAACCCGAGCUCGGCCCGCUCGGUUCCGGGCAGACCCGCUGGUUACAGCUCUUCCGGCGCUUCCGCGACGCUCAGGGGUGGCCGGCGUCCGGGAAGGGCGCCUGAGGUGGAAGAGGCGGGGCUUGCCUCCCGAGGCAUGGAGACCCUCCACAAGCCCUGCGUGUCUAAAGAGGCCGAGGAGAGAGGAAGCCGGUCCGAGGCAAGUUUCCGCCGCGCCGCGGCAGCCUGGCGGCGGUCGCGAACGUGA